AUGACUGAUGAUGAGGCUGAUGAAAUGACUCAAAAUGAGGGAGAAAUAGGUGAUGAGGUGUCUGAUGAUUUGCAUGACAGAAGACCACCAAAGGCAAGGAGAAGAGAGGCAGAUGAGCCUUCUUCUAAACACAAAACAAAGCUCAGAGCAAAAAAUCUUACCAGAAUGAGGAGGCAGCAAACAUCUCUCAAUUGCAUGAAAUGUGGCACUUCAGGACAUAAUUCAACUACAUGUGGAAAAAGAAAAAGGACCUUAAUGACUGUAGGUGUUAACAACUCCCUCAACCAACAAGCAAGCUCAUUGAAUCCAACAGUUUUCACACAAGAGAUCCCCACUCAACAAUCCCAGACUCGGUUUAUGCCAACUCCACAGCCACAUGUGCCAGGCCCAUCAAUGUAUGAUCAACUAAUGGGUACCAACAUGCCACAACCAUCAAGAGCUACACAUGGACCUAUUAUCCGAGGGCCUGCAGCUUUCACUGGAGAAAGACCAUUAUUCUCUGCAGGAAGUAGCAUAACAUCAGUCUCUGCAGCUUCAGUAGUGGUGGUUGAUCAGGGCAAGAAAUUCAUGGUUUUGGAUUUUGUUGGUAAUGGAUGGUUGGCAAUAGCAGUAAGCCUGGGAUAA